UUUUGUUUGCUUGAAAUUAGGGUUCUUUGUUGUUUGUUCGAAAAAUUAGGGUUCUUGGUGUGUUAUUCGAUACCUGGUCUGCAAAACCUCGGCAAUAAUUGUUUCCUCAACGUCAUCUUACAUGCUCUAGCGAGCUGCAAAGAUUUCCGGAGUUUUCUUGAAUGGGUUAUAGAGGAUGCGAGUGAUACUGUAACAGGAGAGAUGGACCAACACUUUCCUCUUACUUUUGCUUUAUCUGCCUUGUUACAAGAGCUCUGUACAGUUGGAAGAAGACGAUAUGUAUCUAACCCUCGUGAAGUUAUGCUGGCGUUGAGUGAUUAUGCCAGAAAUUUCAAUUUGACUAGCCAACAGGAUGCAGCAGAAGCCCUUCUUCAUCUUAUUUCUUCUUUGCAACAAGAGAUUGUAUUAUGUUAUCGUCCUCUCCAAAGUAGUAAUUUAUCAUAUAUACUUUUUUCUCGCAACUUGAGAAUGCUUGCUCCUAGUGAAGGCCUCCAUGGUUUGAUGGAGCUCAAGAGAUGGCAUAAACAUUUGCGUGGACCAUUUGAUGGUAUUCUUGGUAGUACCUUGAUGUGCCGAACUUGUUCUUCUCAGGUAUUUAGGAUUACAUCUCACCAGUUGUGA